AGGCCAAUAUUCGUUGUUUGAGGAGAAGAAGAAGAAGAACGUAAAUUAUCCUUUAUCUAUGAACGUAAAUGUCUCGUGGUUAACUGGUCGUUUGAUUAACUUACUAAUAAGAUGGUUAAAAUCAAGAAAGUUAAGCGGAAACGCAACGAUUCUCAAAAUGACAUUAUGUCAGCAGUUCAAGUUCCACCAGUUGCAAGAUCUUCAGAUGAACCGCCAAAAAAAAAGGUCAAAUGGAUAAACAAGCAGCGAGUGCUGGUGUUUGCCUGCAGAGGAAUCUCCCACAGAGAUCGACACUUGAUGGAGGAUUUGAGAACUCUCAUGCCCCAUUCCAAACCAGAAAACAAAAUGGAAAGAAGAGAUAAUCUCUUUGUGGUUAAUGAGAUGUGCGAAAUGAAGAACUGCAACAAGUGUUUGUUGCUGGAAGGCCGCCGCCAGCAGGAUCUCUACAUGUGGGUGGCCAGUGUCCCUCAUGGACCGUCUGCCAAGUUUCUGGUUGAGAAUGUGUACACGAUGGCAGAACUGAAGCUAACUGGUAACUGUCUGAAAGGAUCCAGGCCUCUCCUCUCAUUUGACGACAGCUUCAAGUCGCCGGAGCCCCACUAUGCUCUGCUGAAGGAACUGUUCACACAGGUAUUCGGGACACCGAACCACCACCCCAAGAGCCAGCCAUUCAUCGACCAUGUGAUGACAUUCACGAUCCUCGAUAAUCGCAUCUGGUUUCGGAAUUUUCAAAUCCUCUCAGAAGAUGGAGCUUUGUCUGAAAUAGGGCCGCGGUUGGUUCUUAACCCCAUCAAGAUCUUCGAUGGAAGUUUUGGUGGUCAAACGCUGUGGGAAAAUCCUUUUUAUGUUUCACCAACAAAGUAUCGACAGCAGUUGACCAAGGCAGCAGCAGGAAAGUAUGUGAAUCGAGUGCAGCAGAAGAUCGCACAUGAAGAGUCAAAACCAGAACAUUCAUACCAAACUAAUGUUUUGGAUGAAAUAUUUCUAGGUGAUCCAUUAGAGAAGGCAAAAGAAAUAGUGCAAGAGAAUCAUGAUGCAGGUGUCAGAAGGGACCGCCAAAUGAGUGUGGAAGUGAAGAAGGUUGCAAAAAAUAUCAAACGAAAGAAUAAAAAGUUAAAAAUCAAAAUAAAAUAAUAAUGCAAACA